AUGUCGUCAGAGUUAAAAUUAUUGAAACAGCGAAUAAUUGUGCUUGAAGCCGAGAACACUGCUGUUAAGUUAGAUGUCAAGCGUGAAGUUGAGAAUACUGAGCUCAAAGCUGAAGUAUUAAAGUUAAGAUACGAUUUUGAGGAGCUCAAACGGCAAACCCUAGUUAUUACUAGCGCACAGGAUAUGCCUUCUUUUGCAGAGCAAAGUCACUUACGUGGCACAGAAGAUAUUUCGCAUUCCCCAACCAAUUCACCAUUUCCAAGAAAGGUCAUAAUGGACUCACCGGAUGGAACUGAAUUUGGGUUGAUUCAUGCUUUGUUGCCUCAUCCAUAUUCAUAA